CGUUCAGCACUAGGAACCGCUUGGGAUUCGGAACCUAAAUAAUUAUCUGUGUUUCUUACCGGAAACAUUUAAUGGUGGUCCGUAUUUUCCCGUUGCCUUGGCAGCCAUAAACGAACUGGCUGUAGUUGAGCUGCAUUCUGUCGGUUUAUGAUGGAUAUUCAGGACACAGGUCUGAUCACUAGAGAGGAGAAUAUUGUUGAGAUGAGAGACUUGGAUGAGGAAGAAUUUGCUGUUUCAAAAUCCUCGGAGGCAGAUGCAUUAUUUGAUACUGUAAUUGGGAACAUUGAAGAUAUCAUAAUGGAAGACGACUUCCAGAAUCUUCAGCGAUCCUUCAUGGAGAAGUAUUACCUGGAGUUUGAUGACACAGAGGAAAAUAAGCUCAUUUACACGUCAAUUUUUAAUGAUUAUAUUGAGCUCUUGGAGAAGCAUCUGGAACAACAGCUGAUCGAGCGAAUUCCUGGGUUUAACAUGAACGACUUUACUCGUUCUCUGAAGCAACACAAAGAAGAAGUCUCAGGUGAUAUAUUUGACAUGUUGCUCACCUUUACAGACUUCAUGGCCUUUAAACAGAUGUUCCUUGAUUACAGAGCCGAGCGAGAAGGAAGAGGGCUGGACCUAAGCACUGGCUUGGUGGUGAAGUCAUUGAGAUCAUCCACUUCCACAGUAAUCGCUUCUGCGACAGGAUCAGACUCAUUCUGAACCGAGAAGCACUUCAGUGUCAUGCCAUCUAUAUCUAUAUAUAUGUAUGUGUGUGUGUGUGUGUGUGUGUGUGUGUGUGUGUGUGUGUGUGUGUGUGUGUGUGUGUGUGUGAGAGAGUGUGAGUGUGUGUGAGAGAGAGAGAAAGAGAGAGAGAGAAACCUGACUUCAUCACCAACAUCAUUUAAAUUUCCUCAGUCUGUACAGCUACAUAGGUUUUUGUUUUUUUCCUUCCAUGUUCUGGAGCCUAGCUUGCUGCCAUAUUCGCGUAAUGAAUGGGACCAUGAGUUUGCUUUGGUUUAAUAUUUAAACUCGAUGUUAAAAGGUCCUACUUUCUAGUACACUUCUUCCCACAGUAUUUUGAAGGUUUACUCAGCGAUUCAGAUUUUCUCUCUCUACUCUCUGUUAUAUUUUGUUACAAUGCUCCUACAUUGUAGGUGAAUGUGGUAUCCUGUUGUAGAAAGUAAAACUGCUGUUGUGUGCGUGUAUUCUGCUGUCUGACCGAAACUGGCAUUUGAAAAAUAUUUGACUCAUAUCUUUCCAGGUUCACUAGAACCUCCCAUAAUAGAAAGCACUAUAUAACAUGUCUGCAUUGGAACGGUUUAUUAUAAAGGUAUUAUGAAAAGUUUUACAACUUUUAUAUGAAAAUUAAUUGCCUGGUUCUUUAUGUGUGGAUUUCUACUCCCAUUUAUGUCCAGUUCAAGUUGUAGACACCUCCCACAUGUAGAUAUAAAAAAGGUUUUUUUCAUGAUUCAUGUUGUUACCAUGUGUAUGGCCUGAAUGUUUGACUCCUCAAUUUUUUGUUCUUGUAUGUAAAUAUUAUUGUAUGCUGAAGUGAAUAAAUGUAAUUUAACUCCUCACAUAUCAUCAAAACAUAAAAAUAAUGUUUAUGAAUGCACUUGUAUUGCAAAACAUGAAACGUCAUGAAUUAAAUAUAUUUGAUCAGGUGUAAAAAUAAAAAGAAAAGAAAAGAAAAAACAGAAAUACUCAUCCUGUAUAACUUUACAAGCAAACAAAAUGUAUCUAAAACAUACAGCUUCUGUACACUUAAGAAAAUUAUAUAUUAGCCAGUAAAAUAUCUUGCAUAUAGGCAGAGAUAUCUAUCAUUUCUUGUUAUCAGAUUAUAUUGUUGUAUUAUAAGUCAAAUAUAUUAUUCAGCCUGGAUUUAAAUGCUUCUACACAUUUACAUGCUUUAGAUUUUCUUAUCCUAUAGGCAGGUCAUUUUGUUUCUUUCAAACAUAUAUUUGGUUUAUUGUAAUCUUAUAAUAGGAAAUACUAGAUAAAUUUGACUAUAUUGAAGAUAUUUUGACUUGGUAAGAUGUAAUUUUUUGCUGUGUAAUAGCAGAAAAAUGCUAUCAAAUGCAAGUAAGGUUCAUCAUGAUCUCCUUUAGG